GGACAGACCUCCCGGCCAAAGGAGGUCUGGCUGCCUGGGACAGCUCUGCAACCACUUUGCUGCUGUUCUUCCUCCUCUCUUUGCCUUCCUCUGCCCCAAGAUGCCACUCUCACUCACCCCUUCCUGACCCUGCUGCUACCACACAAACCCCAUAGGACUAUCCAGCUAACAAUUUAUUCUGACACCACAUCCAUCCUCUUUCAACCUGUACUACGGACACCCAACCCUUCAGGACUUGAUUGUACCAGCUGUCAUGCGCUGUCAUGUUUAUAGGUGCGAGGUGAUGGCACCACUGAUAGCAAAUAUGCUUUGCAACUGUCCAAAGGAGAAUGACUAUAAACCAAAACCAAAUAAAUACACAAAGUCCAGAGCAUCAUCCCUCACAAAGUGCACAUAUAGGCUAUAUAUAACUAAGAGCCGUAAUGUGAUAAAAAUAAGCCCUGGGGGAGCAAAAACAUCAUCUUAACAUUAAAAACAGUGAAAAUGCAUGUGGUCUGAACAUCAGGCAGGAAGGGUUAACAAAGAAAAAUAUCUAAGUCACUUAAACAAACAAUUUACUUCUGAUAAGGUGGUCAUUUUUGGAAGCAAAAAUGAGUGGUAGAAGUGUUGAAACUGAAAAGUUAAAAAAUUCUUUUACUUCUUUUUCAUUUUUUUACAUCAAAAACAGAGAAAAACAAUGGUUACAACACUGAUUUCAUUUGCAUAUGUAUAUAUACAUUUCUAACACCAGCACUAUAUAGCUUUGAACCUGCUGAUCACUCCUUAGUUCAAGCAAAUUCUGAGGCUGACCCAUGGCCACCAGCAUAAUCAGAAAGAGAUAAAAUGCAGAACUGAAUACAGUACUAAACCACUUAGAGCAGUUUCCCACCACAGCUCACAAAGGUUUUCUCUGGUCAGAGUCUGACCUUAAGUUGAGAAGGCAAACUCUUUCACUACUACAUAGGAAAAGAAAAAAAAGGCGGAGCAAUGUUAAUUCGUUUCCUCCCCACUUAAAAAGAAUUUGACUUCAUGACUUUGCUCCUGAAGUUGUCAUAACUUUUUAAGAACCUAAUCAGGCUCAUAACCACUUGCAAUUACAAGAUGCAGAUCACUUUCACAUCGCUAUUAACUUUCCCUUCACACAAUGAACUAUAGAAUAACUUGGGCUGGAAGGGGCCAUGCUGAUGCCAAUCUUCUGCUAAAGCACAGCCUCAGUGUUGGAUCAGGUCACCCAAGCUUUUCCAGCCAAUGGAGGGGCCUCCGGGGCUGGAAACUGCACAGCUGCUCUCCCGUGGAGCAUGUUCCUCACACCCACGGGGAACUUUUCCUGCUGCAAUACGUGACUGCUGCCUCUCGCCCUCUCCAUACAAGCUUGAGAUAAACCACUGUUUAUUCAGCUGCUUGAUUUUGGAGGCUCUGCCCUCUGGUCUCUGGUGGCCCAGGCGUGACUGGCGUGUACAGCGCUUGGUUGUCCCAUGGGUAUCUCUAUGGCAACACAGAUAACCAGGAAGGCACACAUAGCUUCUGGAAACCUACAAGUUAUUUGCAAAGCAGAAACCUGUUCUCUUUUCUCAUUUAAUUUCAGGAGGGUGUCGGUGUGGACAGGAGACUGCUCCCUGCCAACACACCUUUCCAGCCCUGUGGAGCUCAGCAGGCAUGGAGAUGGUGCCAGGAACAGCAGCAGAGUGCCAGAGAGCAGGAGCCCCAGCCAGCAGCAAGGGAACCACAAGGCACCUGGGGCACCUGCUCAAGCAUGCAUGGGGAAUCACAGGAUUAUAGAAUCAUCAAGGCUCGCUGUGCUGCUGCUGCAGCCGCGGCGUGGUUUCCGCCGGGCGCGGCCGCGGCCCGAGGAGCCCCCGGCGACCGCGACCGAGGCGCCGCCCGCCCCGGCGCCCCCGCGCCGCAGCCUCUGCCCGCCGUCGCCCACCGCCGCCGCCGGCCGCCCCUCGCCGCGCCGCCUGGUCAAGCCGCUCCUCUUCGCUGUCGGGUUUACAGGCUCGGCGUUCGGGUCCGCUGCCAUCUGGCAGUAUGAGUCGCUCAAGUCGCGGGUCCAGACCUACUUCGAGGAAGCUCGAGCGGACUGGAUGGAUAAAAUGCGGCCGCAGAAGAGAGGUGACUUCAGAAAGCAGGUUAACAGCUGGUGGAAUAGCCUGACUGAGGGUCAGCGGACUGUGACAGGUAUUAUAGCUGCAAAUGCCUUUGUAUUCUGUUUGUGGAGGCUGCCCGGCAUGCGACGGAUUAUGUUUACAUAUUUCACCUCAAAUCCAUCCUCCAAAGCCCUGUGUUCUCCCAUGCUGCUCUCUACGUUUAGUCACUUCUCUCUGUUCCACAUGGCAGCAAAUAUGUAUGUUUUAUGGAGUUUUUCCAGCAGCAUUGUCUCUCUUCUGGGAUGCGAGCAGUUCAUUGCAGUAUAUCUUUCUGCUGGGGUUAUCUCCACUUUUGUCAGUUAUGUUGCUAAAAUGGCCACUGGAAGGUUUGAACCAUCCCUUGGAGCUUCAGGAGCUAUAAUGACUGUCCUUGCAGCCGUAUGUACAAAGAUGCCCGAAGCAAAACUGGCCAUCAUACUUCUUCCAAUGUUCACAUUUACAGCAGGAAGCGCUUUAAAAGCCAUAAUUGCAUUUGACACUGCAGGACUUGCUUUAGGCUGGAGACUUUUUGACCAUGCUGCACACCUUGGGGGAGCUCUCUUUGGAAUGUGGUACGUGACUUAUGGCCAUGAGCUCAUAUGGAAGAACAGAGAACCACUGGUGAAAGCUUGGCAUGAAUUGAGGACAAAGAACGCAGGAAAGGGAGGAGGUGGAAGAUCUAGCUGAUUCUAAUACUAGAGAUUCCUUGUGCCCAAGUGGUAUAUUACUUGAAGAUGUGGGACUGAAUUGGUUUUGAAGGGUUUUUUUGCUACUCCACAUUAAGCCUCUGAGGAGCUGAAUUUUCUAAUGUAACAAAAUUAUGUUACAAAAAUGCAUAUCCGUAGAAAAUGAACUCUGACGAAGGUGGAACAAUAAAGGUUUUUAUCCUAUUGCUUUCUGAGGUAACAGUCUGCAUUACAUUUUUAAAGGUGUAAUAAAACAUGUUUUUCAAUUAAGUGAUGUAAAUCUCUGUCCACAAAAAAAACCCUUCAAAAUGCAGUACAACUGGUUAAUACUUAGGAAAAUAAACUGAGGAAGUUAUUGAAUCACAAACCCCCCUGAUAUCUGCCAGACAACACAAGGUGCUUUCUUAGAAGGCAAGCUUUAGACAAGUUGGACUCAACAUAAGGCUAAGGUGGUGAACUUCAGUGGUCUUCAUUGUUGGAAGGAUUGGAUGAGAGGAGCCAAAGGUCUCUUUUGUUCUUAGUCUUGAAAUACUCGAAGCAAUACUGGAUUGUUUGCCAAGGUUUACGUACUAUUUAAUGGUCCACCUUUAUUUGUUAGCUGUGGCUUAUUCAACUAGUGUUUUUCAUUUCUAUACACUUCCGUGGUGCUUUCACAUCUUGGAUUUUACUAUAAUGGUAUAUUUUCAUAAUUAUGUGCAGGGGAAGAAUGACGUACUGUGGUUUUUGAUAUUCUGCCGUAAGUUAUACUGCUUUCUGGGUUCUUUCACUACAUUAAUUUGGGGGUGGGGUGAGGGGAUGUUCUUUAAGUUGUGCUUUAUUGUUAGUUCCAUUUAAGGUCCUUCUUCAGAUUUUAAAACUGUAACAUUUGGUUCAGAAUCUGAUAGUACUAGAAAAUAAGCAGAUUCAGCAAAACUAGGUGAAAUCAGCAACACCAUAGCCAUAACAACCAUGAUCCCUGAGAUCAGCAACACCAUAACCAGAAGUAACUACUAAAGUAAACCUGAGGGUAGUACCAUGACUAAUGUUCCUAUUUUACAAAUAAAAACAAAAACUUGACUUGGGGUAUGCUGCUGCUCUGUGCCUGUCCUGCAAAGAUAAUACUGAACCCCUUGCAAAAGGCUACAGAAUCUUCCCAAAUAAAAACUGGUGGGUUCAAGCCCUUAACUCCUCCCUGUAAUCAGAGCUAGUCAUUCCAGAUGGACUGACCUGCCAAAGAACAUGCUGCAUUUGUAAGAAGCAACUUGUAGGUUUUUUACUUUACAAUAAUGCCUUGCAGAAAAUACAUUUCCUGUGGGGAUAAAGAAUACUUAAUGCUAUCAGUUUUAAUAAGUGAUGGAAUAAAAAAUUGCUGUAAAUGC